AUGCAAUCGGAAAAGUUGCUAAUAUCACUUUUGUUUUUAAAUUUAGGAGGCAAGUUGAACGGGCGCCUGCAAUGGGAUCGAACGAAAUGUGCGCCUGACACAGAUCAAAGCGUGCCCGAGGGGUUCGUUGACAACAUCGGGAGGUUUUCCUGGUUGGGAGUUAUCCAGCAUACAUUUACGCUCGGUGGUGAUAUGAGGUACGCUGUAACAACAGGAGUCCUCGUUCAUCCAUUUUUCGUACUCGCGCCAGUUGAAGAUAUCGCUAAAAUUCCACCGGAGUCACUCAGAAAUAAUACUAAAUUUGUGAUAUGGCAAAGUCAGCAAAUAAAGUAUGUGCUAGAUGUGAAGGAUUACUCCUUACAUCCAGAGUUCUCAAGCGGCACCACCUGGGCGUCUGUUGCACUCCUGGAGUUGUAUCCAUCACCAUAUAUCGGAUUCGCCGACGUCAAAGACCCAAUACUUCCUGUGUGUCUAAACUUGGAAGGAGUUAUGCCAUUAACUGACUUAUAUGCAAUUCAAAUUACAGAUGCGCGGGGGGCCGGCUGCGGGGCUCCGGCGCGUUUCAUUUUCAUGCCCAGCUACCUGCAGUGGAUCGAAGAGGUCAUCUCCAUGGAGGACAUCGAUGCGGAGGACCGAGACGAUGAAACAUACAAGAUAUACUAUAGAAGAUUGUCACCUAUAAAGUUCGUUAUGAUGAAAGGUACGGUAAGGUUCAGGAGAGUAAAGGGUAUGAAAACGAGGCGAAAUCAACAGGUCAGAUUUGAAACACGUCUCCCGACUUUCCAUGGAGAUUGUGAAAGAGGUCGUAGAGGCCAUGUAUUAUUCAAAGACGCCUCAGAACUUCUGGUCAACAAGAACUUCGUCCAAGGAUUCUACUUGGUGUCUGUGGCUAUGGUAGCCCAGAUGCGGUGCGCCGUGGUGACGGUGGCAUCGCUACAGCGCACCAACGCGGCCGUGUGGGUGGAACACCACUGCCACAGAGAAAUCUCCGGCCUCGAGCCCAACCAGAGGAGAGGACCCGACUACAGAAAAGCGCUCAUAGAAAUAACAAUGUUUGGUGAGCCAGAACUCCACACUGUCGCCGAUCCGUUCCACUCUACCUACCAAACGGACCAGUGGAAUCCUACUACUCAACUUUUCAAAUGGGGCAAUUUUUUGCCUCAGGGCAUAGGCGAGUCUUGGCUUUAA